AUGUCGACUGAAAAAUAUGAGAUUUUGAUACGCGACACCAAACCCUUUGAUGGUCAAAAACCAGGUACCAGUGGACUACGCAAACCGACACGUACUUUUCUUGAGCCCAAUUAUACCGAGAACUGUGUGCAGGCUAUCCUCACAGCCGGUGCUGACGCACCAGGGCGAGCUUCGCGUGGCCUUUCAACGAAGCUUGUCUUGGGUGGAGAUGGCCGAUACUUUUCCGAUGUCGCUCUUCGGGAUAUAAUUAUCCCGAUGUGCGCUGCCAAUGGGGUGCGUAUGUUUAUUAUAGAAUUUCUAUUAUUAUCAUUAAUAUAA